AUGACGCGAGGUAACCAGCGCGACAACGAUCGGGCCAAGGCCCAGAAGAAGGCUGCUGCUUCGAAGGGGAAGAACACCCAGACUGGCAGCCAGUACCAGAAGUCCAAGGAAGACGCUGCUGCCAUUAUGCGCGAGAAGCAGAGGAAGGGUAUCUAUUACAAUUACCGGCAAAUCUGGCUUGGGUCACAGGGCUAA